AGUCAAAACCUGUUAUACUAUAAUGAGCAUUGCAAAGAAGCUGAUGGUUAAUGCUGAUGACUUAUAUAGAACUUAUUACACUCUUGGAUGAGUAAAUGAUUGUUCUUGCAGUGAAACCGACAUAGAUUAUAUUUUUUAUGGUGAUAAAGCGGAAGAAUACACUGCGACGAUGGAAUAUCCUAACGAAGUUUCUAUUAAACAAGAAGAAGGGGGAGUAAAAGAGAAGCCAAUCAAGCCGUGGACUUCGAAAAAUGCUAUUCAUUUAUGGGAAUUUUUACUGGAGUUACUUUAUGACAAAGAGUGUCAAUCUCUGAUAUGUUGGACGAAAGCUGAAGAAUUUGAGUUUAAAUUAAUGGACCAGGAAGAGGUCGCACGAAGAUGGGGAAAUCUCAAGCAGAAACCACGAAUGAAUUACGACAAACUGAGUCGAGCUUUGCGCUAUUAUUAUCAGAAAAAUAUUAUUAAAAAGGUCAACGGGCAACGUCUCGUGUACAAGUUUGUCAAUCUACCUCAUGGAUACAAACCUGUCAAGAAGCUAGGAGCAGCUCGACUUCGUCAGUUAGCAAAUCACCGAAAUGACGACAGCAAACAGGUUCCAGUUGCCAAUGGCGACGCAACUCCUCCAACGAUGGCGACGAAAACAUCGGUCAUUAAAAGUGUCUCAGAUGUGAUUAAAACAUCUUGGGAAAAUUCGCCAACCAAUCAAGAAAUGCUGCCUUUGACGCGUGAAGUGUCGCCAUGCCAUCGUGAAAUGUCACCUAAUACUCGGAACAGUCCGGUAUCGGCUAUCGCAUUGUACGAACCGAUGUCGACAGUUACAGAAGGGCAUGUGAGUUCACCACCAGUAUACCUCCAGCCAGUCACAACGCUUCCUGGUAGCUCGAAAUUGUGUGCAUGCUAUCCAUACACUUUUCUUCAACCAAUCACGCGUGCGCUAGGUGCGGACACCGUGACCAGACAAACGUUUACCGUAUUACAAACUCCGUGUUGUGGAAAAGUCGCCCUCACACCCUUGUCGGGUCAUCCGGUUAUUUUUAGUGGGGAAUCGCCAGCGAUAGCAGCGCCGGCAUCAGUGCAAGUCACGAGGCCCGAAGGCCGAGCACAAGUUAUUGAAGCGUAGGACUUUAGCAAGAAAGAGAACAUGCAUCGCAUAGUCACGAACUGUAGUCAAUAGCUAACUAAGUUGCACAAGUCAUAUUGAAGUUUAGCUUCGGCUGUAAACAGUUUCAAAGUUGCCGAAAUCCUUGUCAAGUUUAUUUAAGCAUUUUGUGUAAUAUUGGUUGGUUUAGGUCACUGUGUGCAUUUUUCCUUUCCACAUUUCAGAGGUCAGUUUAUAACUAUAUGAAUUUUUGUUCACUGACCUUUUGAAUAUGCACUACACUACUGUCGCAGUGCAGGAAUAAAAAGAAAAAUUACUGAUCAAAUAAGCUAGGCCAGUAUUAUUACACUGAAUAUAUAAAGAUUAAAACGAGAAGCGAGUUACUGGAAUGCACACUUAAGAACUAUUAUUCUUACAAAGCCUUGCUUGGUAUAAAACGUCUACUGUUUGAAACUUCAAUGUGAUAUUUGCAAAUAAUAUGAGAGUAGAGUAAACUUAAGGCGAUUACGAUUAAAGUUAAAGUGAAUAUCAGCAUAUCAGAUAAAGGUUAAAGUGAAUAUCAGCCAGUUCGGAGUUGAUAAAAUGGCAGUGCUCUCUUCAAAAAUAUUCAAUAACUAGUUGCCCUAGGCCCCAUGAUUUCAUAAGCUAUAUCUAUGAAAGCCCAAACAUUGAUAUUAGAAUAUAUUUAGCUAAAUUAUUUAUUCGUGACUAUAUUAUAAAU